GGAGCGAGCAAGUGCAUUGAUUGCGAUUUCAGCAACAGAACUCUCCAUUGAUGACCCAUCUGGGCUGCAAGCUCAGAAUCACGUGGCUGGCUUUUAUCUGAUCGACUUUAGCCCUCCUAGUUUGGUCCAUCGUCAAAGUAAUACAUCCUGAAAAUAAGCGCCGAUUUAGCUACGGAAUAUACAAGAUUCCUUUCUGUAUCUCUGUGUUUGACUUCCUAGGACAUUCGCCCGAUCAUGGCUUCCCAGUCUAGGAAGCGUGUCUCGGAAGUCGUUGACCAUUCUCUUGUCGACAAGCCUCCUCUUAGCAAGAAGUCCAGAACCAAUGCUCCAGAUGUCGCUGGCUUCGAUAAUUCCCGUCCAGAACUCGUGGCCAGAAAGGAAGACUCAAACGGAGACAUCUAUUGGGAAAUCUCCAAAAUGCGCCGCGUCACUAUAUCUUCGUUUCGAGGUAAAACAAUGGUCAAUAUUAGAGAGUAUUAUGAGAAGGAUGGUGAAGAGCUCCCUGGAAAGAAGGGUAUUUCGCUGCCAAUCGAUCAAUUUUCCUCCCUGGUGACUCUACUGCCUGAAAUUGAGAUUGUUUUACAAGAGAAAGGUCUAUCAAUCCCUCGGCCGAAAUACGUCGGCCAGGGUACAAGCACCGGUGGCAAUGAUAAGAAGGAUUCGACUGAUGGACUCCCAAUGGCUCGCCCCUCGCGGGAGAACAUUGAAGCCACAAGUGACGAGGAUGAGGACGAGGAAUAGUCUUCCUAAGGUGGAGCGGAUAUUAUAUCUAGGUACUGUGUUCUUGCUGUGUGCUGGCCCGGACACUAAUUUCUUGGAGGGACAUGCUUAAGCUAUGCAGUAAGAUAGGCACGGCCCCUUCUCUAAUAUACUUAGUAGUUUGUUCUUUCCUAGUUGAGGCAAAAUCAAUAAUAUUAAUCAUGAGUCA